GGGACGGUUGGCUGCUGGUCCUGAAAUCAUCCGAGAGCGUCGGUGUUUCUCCAUCUGCGGGAUCACCACCUGCCGCUGCGAGUCGGGGCCCUUUCUUCUCCUCCUUUUCCCCUCUCCUCUAACUGUUGCACGUUUAGUUGUCAAAAGCAGAGACACCACUUGGAUAAACACCUUCCUCUCUUGCUGGGGCUGGUGUCAGAGGUGAUGGUAGCUGAGGACUCAGGUGGUGCUAUGUCCUUUUUGGAAGUAAGGGACAUUUUUUAUUUUUUGGUUUGAUUUAUUUUCUUUGGGGUUUUUUUUUUUUGGAGACGUACUAGGUCUUCAACAAGCCGUUCUUUCCCACAAUUGCUCUGAUUCCCCCUCAAGUAUGGCACUCUGUUCUCAGUUUGUGAUCGCGCUGCUUUACGGAUGGAGUUAUCUGUGCGCUGGAUACUGCGCGAUGCUGAAAACGGACAGUUUCCCCGAGAGGCGGAAGGUGGAUUUUACGCAUUCGGUGGAUAAAAAGUUUACGACGAAGGAAGAUCGGGACUUGCUUUUACAGGAUACAAUGACGGAGCACAUGCAGAUGCUUUACGCGAAGUACAACCGCGCUGGAUAUCCCUUCAGAGACGGCAACACCGUCCGCAGCUUUAAAGCGCACUUUGGUACUAUAAACAAGAAACAACUGCAGAUUUUCAACCUGACCUCGCUCACCAAGUCCGAAGACAUCCUGUCAGCCACUCUUCAUUAUUACAUCGGAGACCUUCAGAACGGCACCUGGGGCUGCUCCCGGUCCGGCAGCUGCGCCCGCCACGGCCUCCGGAGACACAGCCGUGUCCAAAUGGUCAUCUGGAGUUUUGCUUCCAUGGAUAACAAGAUGAGGAGCCUCGGCCACUUCCGGAUCAACGUGUCCACCCUCUACAGGGACUUCAUAUCUUGGCAGUGGAAGGACGUCACUCGCGUGGUCAAUCAGGCCAAGCAUCACGACGAGCUGCUCAUCGGCAUCGACGUUGUCUCGCAAGGACCCCAGCCGUGGAAGAAGCUGCUGUCGGACCGCUCGCCCUACAUCCUGGUCUACGCCAAUGACUCGGCCAUUUCGGAGCCUGAGAGUGUAGUCGCCACCCUCCAGAGACACCACCAAGUGGGGGGUGAGGGCUCCCUUUCCAACAGCUUCCACAAGCUGGGACUGCACGAGCGAAACGACACCGAGCAGCAGCAGCAGCCUCGGCACAAGCGCUCGGUGAAUGUUCUCCUCCCUUUGCAAAACAAUGAACUCCCGGGACCCGAGUAUCCGUACGAGAAAGCCGGGUGGGAUGAGACGAGUCCGUACGAGCCUUUUGAAAACACGCAGGCCCGCCGGCCGCGGAAAAAACUGCGCAAGAAUCACCGGCAAAAGGUGCCCCUGCUGCAGUUCGAUGAGCAGACGAUUAAAAAGGCACGAAAGAAGCAAUGGAACGAGCCCAGGAACUGCGCUCGGAGGUACCUGAAGGUGGACUUCGCCGACAUUGGAUGGAGCGAGUGGAUUAUAUCGCCCAAGUCGUUCGAUGCCUACUACUGCUCAGGGUCCUGCCAGUUCCCCAUGCCAAAGGCUCUGAAACCUUCCAACCACGCCACCAUUCAGAGCAUAGUGCGAGCUGUUGGCGUCGUCCCCGGCGUCCCCGAGCCAUGCUGCGUCCCCGAGAAGAUGUCCUCCCUCAGCAUCCUGUUCUUCGACGAGGACACGAACGUGGUCCUCAAAGUCUACCCCAACAUGACCGUGGACUCCUGCGCCUGUCGAUAGCUCUCUCGUCGUCUUCAGUGGCUGCUCGCAUGCUCGAAAAGAAAAAGAACGGACAUGCGCAGCCGAAGACGUGGUCCCUCUUCCUGUUCCUUCAGUCACACACUCAUUUCCGUACAAACAUCCCUUUUCCACAGGAGGAGAGCGCCACCUGCUGUUCCAGGUGAAGUAAUGGAUCGUGUGAGAAAUCCGAGUGGAAGGUUACUGGAAUUGACAGUGGAAACUCCAUGCUUUGAACACCCGCACGCCCUUUAUCUGUGUAUUUGUCAUCGCUGCUCACUUAUCUCGGUUCACAGGAUGGAUGCGACCAUAAACUCACUACACAAACACCAACUGAGGCCUAAAGGAGACCAAAAACUGAGGGGAAAUAUUCAUGUUUUGAGGUGAACUGAUCUCGGCUUGAGUCACCUCUGCUCGCAGCUGCAUGUUCUUGUUACGACAUGUAAGUAUUUAAGUCUGUACUAUCACUGUGUUAUACUCUAUAUCCGAAGAUAGUGUACAAUUACUGACCAGGCUGCUAUAAAAGGUUAUAUUGGAUCCCAAAGCCACAGUUGUGAUGUAGACCAUAGAUUGCCUUACAUGUUUGUAUUCAGAUAACUCCUCCACUGUUGUAUAGAACCCACCUUGUAAUAGUUUAUUAUUUGCAGGAAAGUAAGCUACUUUUUUUUUAAUGGUCUUUUAAUAUUUAAGAUCUCAAGGAGAUAUAAUUUUUUUAUUUCGCCAAGAUAACAGGAAUGAAUUUCAAACUUGAGGGGAAAUGGCAUGAAAAAGGACUACAUGGAGCAAAAGCUGUCAGCGUGUUCAUUACGAGUGCAACGCUCCAGGAAACUUACUGGAAACCGUUACUAGGCAUGGAAACAUUUGGAUAAAAAUCAGAUAAACUGCUGGAGCCUGGUGUUAGGAUUAUUUUUUUAUUGCCUUGUUGAAGUUCGGAGUAUUUUGCUAUCAUAUAAUGAUUAAAAUCUUGUAUCAUAUUUACGAUGCUGAAUUACAUUCUUGAUGAAAAGCAUUUACAAAGCACCGCAAAUGCAUAUCAAGUCAAUAUACACUGCUGUUCUGGGAGCAUUUUUACUUUGCAUAUCAUUAAAACUCUUCUUUUUUUGUUUCAUUAAGGUAUAGCUGUAGGGCUGGGCGAUUUUGGACAAAAAUAAAAUCCCGAUUUUUUUCUCUGAAACCCCGAUUUUCGAUUUCGAUUUCGAUUUUUUUGGUAAAACUACAAAAGACAAUGGAAUAAAUUGUUUAAAAUAUUUUAUUUUAAUUUUUAAAGAAAAAUAGCAAACAAAUUUCCCUAUUGGGAAUGCAGUGCAAUUGAAAGAUACUGUAAAUCCUCCUUGAGUUUAGUAAAGUGACAACAUUUACAAUUUUCUUGACCAAACAAAGAUGACUAGACGAGCUCUGUCUGUUAUGCAGCCAGCUGCAAAAAAGGAAAAUCGAUUUUCCGAUUUUCCUUUUUUAACAUCGAUUUUGAUUAAUAAAUCCGAUUUAGAUUUUAAAUCGAUUAAUCGCACAGCCCUACGCGAUGUUGGCAUGAGUGAAUAUCUCAAUUUUUAUCAAGGAUGUGUUCUGUGUAUAUAAUAUAAAAGACUCGGACGUUCAAACUGUGGUUAAACGGCUGUUUUGAAGCAUCAAGUUUGGCCGUCAGCAACAUCCUGUACUUUGAAGCCAGGAAGUGACCACAUUUUGGAUAAUUGAUGCUUACGGGGAAGAAAAAAGCUUUAUAGCAAUACUACCUUUGACCACAUGGUUGCAACAUAUCACGAGAAAGUUCGUGUCUGGCAUAAACGCAACAAAGUGCACCUGUAGUGGGACGGAGUAGUAUUAGAAGACAUGCCGGAUCGUCUCCACUCAUUAACACAGUAUCGACAGUGGCUCUUUUGUAGCCACUGCAGAUCAAUACAGAAAAAGGUGGUAUUGCUGCAUAGUUAGCCUGGCUAGCCACAAAGAAAAUACUCUCUUGAAACUGGUUUGGGACCCCUCCCAAUAACAACUAUUUUCACUGGCACUGGCUACUUCUUUAUAUGGAAGAGAGUUAGGACAGCUGACCAGGCUAACACACGCUGGCUUAAACACCUAACAUACUUUUAAUAACCAUAGGACUCCACGUAUACAUAUCAGAAGGCGUGAACUCAAUAUACAUCAUUAUGAUUCAUGGUUUCAAAAACAAUUAGAUUCUGUUUAUUCAUGACAGGAAUAUAUUGUUUUUGAUUUAGAGUAUGUUAUGGACCAAGCAUGUUGGGGUCAUCAAUGGCGUUCCCUUGCGUUAGAGAGUAACUACAUCGUAUAUAUAGCUUGUGUCGUCAGCUGGAUGGUCUUUAGGGACUGAAAGUUGUUUUUUUUCUACUACUCUUUUACAUUAAAGCAGCACAAAGGAGUUUUUCUUUUUUUAAUGUUAAAAUAUCAGUUUCAAUUUAAUUUGAAGGAAUUUCAGGAAGUGUCAUCUAAACUUUGGACUACCGGUCCAGUUGUCUAUUGAGCCAACUGUGUAUCGGACAGUGGACAUCAUGUAAUGACAGAAGAGAAAAUGAGGCACUGAAUAAGAGACCAAAGAGUACAUCGUAGGGUGCGACCACUCCAGCCAAGUGGUACCGUGCCUUGUCCAGGCACAAUUGACCCUCCCCCUGAAUUUCCCCGCUGGCCCACAUUCGUUUUACUGCCGUCUAUAUUGAACUCGAGCACGAUCACUCAAAGUGCCUGCAGCCUCAGAGAAUCAGAUACUAGGGAAAACUGGAUAAGAAUAGGUUUCCAGCAGUGCUGCGUUUUUUAAAUUAUUACUAUUAUUAUUAUUAUUAGGUCUGGGAUUAUGUCGGUGUAAUGCUACACAUUAUGCAUGCCAGCUGUCGGGAAUCGUGCUGUGGUCAAGCAACAAAAGCGCUGACCCUUGCCAUAAGAAACCAGGCUUCAGGGGUCGGCCACGCCUGCGAAUGUGUCCUCGGACAAUACUGUAAAAGCGACUUCACAUCCACGCCUGUAGGGGGAGCUGUUGAGCUAAAAUGGUAAAAGUUCCUUUGUGCUGCUUUAAAGUGGAUCCUAUGGUCGCAUGGACGGCGUUUGUUGAAAGCAACAAGAAAACAAUCAAUCUUUUUAUGCAAUUUGUUUAAAAAAAAAAAAAAAAGAGCUAACCUGUUAAAACUGCCGUAAGUUCUGCGUUACAGCUUCUGAAAACCAAAUAUUUAUUCAGAGCAAGUAGACUUUAAGUAUAGCGGUAAAGUUUUUCUGUGUUGUCCUUUUGGAGACUUGUACAUUGUUUUGUAUAUAGCUCACUGAUGAAAACUUUGCGUUGCUUCUCUGAAAUAGCCGUGCCUCGUGAAUGGGCCAAUUUUGGCCCUUCAGAGUUGCUCGGUCCUUCACGCGACCGAGCUCACGCUUGCAAUGAAGCCCAAGUCCAACCACGCAACUGGAACAUAUUCCUUCAUGGUACAGAGGGACCAGAGGGCAUCUUCUUUCCACAAGUGUAACUGCCGGCUGAAUCUAUCCAGACGUGUAUCUCAAGUAAUUCACUACUUUGAUAUUCCAGAGACAUUUAUUUUGACGUGUCGAUACGAGAUUGUUUAACUCUGUGUUUUCAUGUUUUCAAGUUCGUCUCGUGCCAAUUCAGAUUUAAGAAACGAUUUUUGUACAUCAGAGUCACCUCCUCUGGCUGUGCAGACCUGAUGACCGCUGAAAGAUGGGGCCUUUAUUAGUAUUAUUAUAAUUAUUAUUAUUAUGAUGAUUUUCUCUCAAAUUUAAACUCCACUCAGGUCUGAACUUCCAGAGCGUGAAACACAGGACAUUUAACUGUUUCAGCAGUUUUCACUGACUCAUCCUCAUUGCUCUCUUAUAUUGUAAAUGUUAAACUUUAGCAAAAGGAAAAAAAAACAAUGCUUGUACAAUAAGCUUCAUAAAAUAUAUUUGUAUAUGGAAAAAGACCUUUAACAUGUAUCUAUUUAUUUUCUCUAUGUUGCAUAUCUUGUAGUGGUGUGUUUUGGGAAAGAGGGACCAGAGCUCCACGAUGAUGGACAUUUUGUAUCUGUGAUGGACAUUUGUCACAACUGAUGUGGUUAACCAUCUUUUAAAGGUCUCCCUCCUCUGAGCGACAACCCUCCUCCCAAAACAUUCAAAGAAAUGAAUAAAAGU